AUGAUCUCGGUGGUAGGACCUGACAUCCAGCCUUCCGUAAAUUUUACCACACCCUCUUCACUGCUUACUUCCUGCUACUCCAGAUGGCCCCAAACUUGGUUUACAUCACCAAAUCUUACUUCUACCCCAUCAAUCGCAUCUGCCAGCUUCUGCAUUCCUCCAUCUAACUGGUUGGCUACAUCGACCUCCAGCCCUCUUACCUCUGCUAUCAGUACAGCUACUAGCAUCAGUAAUUCCGGAGCUUCGGCCUGUUGGAUGCCUAAUCUUGCUGAUACAAGCAGUGUCAACGUCAGCACUACUACCUUUACCACCAUACCCACUCAAGGCUUUGCACUUCUUCCGCCCAUGCCUUCUAUUAAUGACCAAGCGCCUUCAUUAUGCGUUGGGGCUAAUUCCCUAUUCUCUGAAGCUUCUGUUAUUCCGAGAUCUCCUGUCUCGAAUAUUGGAAUCGGUUAUAGUCCGGGGUUUGCAGGGAGAACACUUUCAGAUCUAGAAUGCCAACAUCUCCCGAACUCUUUUGAAGCCAUACCGGGGCUCCCAUUCGUCUCGAAUGCUCAGUCUGCUUCUGGCCCAGGACAAGAAGCCAUUUAUUCGGUAAGGAUGACUAAUCUUUGCAUGCUAGUAAGCUACUUUUCAAACGCUCAGGAGCCCUCACUUCUUUCUCUGACUCGAACAGAAGGCAGUGAAGGCGAGACUCGUUUUAUAUUAUUGUGA